ACAGAAGGUGGAGUUCUGUCUCAUGUGUGUUGAAGGAGUCAGCUGAGCGAGGAUCCUGUGGACGGUGCACGUUUGACCACUGAAGACUGCAAUAGGAGUUCGGCAACGUUACAUUUGCAGAAUAUUGCAUAUUCUUCAAGCUCGCCCAUACUGAAGCGCGUGUUGCUACGUCUUUUAUUUUCCAGCUGACGGAGAGCUCCAGCUCCAAGGUUCUUGUUACACCAAUCAAAAGUGAAUGUGAUACCCGAGAGAGAGAGAGUUUAUAAAGGGAUAAAAUGGCUUUAGCCGGAUGUCCGGAUUAUUUUCUUCACCACCCAAAUUACCAGGACAAUGUUGACCGGGCUGCCACUCACAGACCACCUGAUCUGAUUGGACCAAAUUUCCAACAGUCGUCCAGUCGGAAUUCACCUAACCAUCAUGAGGACGACGUGGACCUGGAGGCCCUGGUGAACGACAUGAACUCCUCCUUCGAGAGCCUGUACUCCUCAUGCGGCGUGGCAGCAGAGUCCGCCCCCCUGCUCCAGAACGGACAGCUUCACCGGGCGCAUGGCUCCGCCCACCGGCCGGGCCCCGCCCCGCUGCAGCCCACGUCCCCCAAACAGAAGGUCCGCCGGUCCCAGCCCAUGCACAUUCUCGCCGUCAGGAGACUUCAGGAAGAGGAGCUGCGGACGUCUUCGCUCCCCGCCAUCCCCAACCCGUUCCCCGAGCUCUGCAGCCCGGCCGGCUCGCCCGUCCUCAGCCCGGGAUCCUUACCUCAGUGUCAGCCCUCCGGCACAUACAUCGUCAAAAUCUUUAGCGAAGAUGGCACGGGAAAAGUGGUGGAAAUCCCCGCGGACAUGAGUGCCCGAGACCUCUGCCAGCUGCUGGUGUACAAAAGCCAUUGUGUGGAUGACAACAGCUGGGCACUGGUUGAGCAUCACCCUCUGCUGGGGCUAGAACGCUGUCUGGAAGAUCACGAGCUGGUGGUUCACGUUCAGGCGUCGAUGACCAGCGAGAGCAAAUUUCUCUUCAGGAAGAACUAUGCCAAAUACGAAUUCUUUAAGAACCCCCUGAACUUCUUCCCUGAACAGAUGGUAGCAUGGUGUCAAGAGACCAAUGGCACAAUUCCACAGUCACAGCUGCUACAGAAUUUCCUGAAUUCCAGCAGCUGUCCCGAAAUCCAAGGGUAUUUAUACAUGAAAGAGACGGCCAGAAAGUCAUGGAAGAAGCUGUAUAUGUUUUUAAGACGGUCAGGAUUGUACUAUUCAACAAAAGGAAUGUCAAAGGAGCCAAGGCACUUACAGCUUCUAGCAGACCUAGAGGACAGCAAUAUAUUCACAGUAAUCACUGGCAAGAAGCUUCACCAUGCCCCAACAGACUAUGAAUUCUGCAUAAAGCCCAACAAGGCGAGGAACGAGUCGAAGGAGCUGAGGAUGCUGUGUGCGGAGGACGAGCAGAGCCGGACCUGCUGGAUGACCGCGUUCAGGCUCCUGAAGUAUGGAAUUUUGUUGUAUCAGAACUACAAGAUCCCCCAGCAGAGGAAAACAUCGCUCUCACAUUUCUCCGCCCCAGUGCGAAGUGUGUCGGAAAACUCUCUGGUGGCGAUGGAUUUCUCAGGGAGAAUAGGGCGCGUGAUCGAGAACCCCAUAGAAGCGAAGAGUGCGGCUAUGGAGGAGGGCCACAUGUGGAGGAAAAGGAGUCAGCGAAUGAACGUCCUCGGUAGCCCCAGCCCGCUCCACCCAUCGUCACUCAGCACAGUGAUUCACAGGACACAGCUGUGGUUUCACGGACGGAUCGUGCGGGAGGAGUCCCACAAGAUGAUCAUGCAACAGGGUCAAGUAGACGGAUUAUUCCUCUUGAGGGAGAGCCAGAGCAAUCCAAAGGCGUUUGUCCUCACACUGUGCCAUCACCAGAAAAUCAAGCAUUUCCAGAUCUUGCCCUGCGAAGAGGACGGUCAGAUGUUCUUCAGCCUUGACGACGGCGCCACCAAAUUCACUGACCUGAUACACUUGGUGGAGUUUUACCAGCUCAACAGAGGAGUCCUGCCUUGCAAACUGAAACACCCCUGCACAAUCGUGGCCUUGUGACCUUUGACAUGACACUUGACUUGACUUUGCCUAUAAAACAAACGCGCGCAUAAACUGGAUUUGUUUUGUUUAAGAGAAAAAAAACCUUUCAUCUAUUUAUCGUUUUCCACUCAUUAUAAGCUGACGGAGAGACCCUCAAAUUAGAGAGCCUUGGAAUUCUGCCAUGUUUCAGGAAUGCGAAGGACACGUUCAAAAAGUUUAAAAUAAAAUAAAAGAAUCACACAGCAGACUCAGAAUUCCAUCAAAGUUUCGAUUCUGAGCUGCUGAUACCCGCCCAAGCGGCGCUUGUUCAAAACUGUUUUCUCGAUAUUUUUCUUGCACAAUCAUCCAUCCAUUUCUUUAGGCUGGCCUACUUCAAAAGAGAAAAUAACACACGGUAGAACGGUGAUAGGAAAGUGGUGGCAAGAGCUCAGUGUGGAAUAUUUCUGUUUUACAGCUUUCAGUGCAAGCUUGAGCAUUUACUUGGCCACAUGCAUUUGGUUCUUCUUGUGUUGUCUGUUCCUCUUAGUUUUAGAGUUUUAGGUUUUAUGUUUUGUGCUCCCUGUAUGUUGUCAGUCUCUACUGACUGAAAAGAGUGUUGCACAGUAUUCUCUGCUUCUUCAUCCUCGCUUGAAAAUGCUUCCAUGAGAAAUCCCUCCAUGUUAAUUGGAUUACGGGGAAUCUAUCCGUGAGAAAAGUCACGGCUGAGGGCUCUCUUCAAGGGAAGGCUCCCGCAGUCACCCAUCACCAUGUGCCUGUCUGCGGACACAUUCCCUGGAACCAUCUGGAAUCUCCCAAACAGAUUCAUCCUAAAAUGCCAGUCAGUACAUUCAGAAGGAUGUAUUUUGUACCUUACAUUUGUUUUUCUGCCAUUUUAUUUUUUUAGGUGCUGAGGUAUUCCUUGUUUGCUUCGUAGAUCUGGGUAAUGCCGGUUUAUGAUUCUGUCACCUUUUAUUUAGACCGUUCAGUUUUUACAGUGGUUUCUAGACUGAUCUCUCUGGUCUGGUAUGCUUGUCGAUAGCCAGGCCAUGUCUGAUUACUCCAUAUUACUGCUCCAAAUCAAAGAGAAAUAAGAGAGCUAAUUUAUCUGUUCCUUUGAUGAUGCACUGUCAUCAUUUACCAUUAUUCCAUGUCUAAGAAAUUUCUCAUUGGAUAAACGUAUGUAAUUCAUACGAAUUUGAACCACUAAACCCCCAGAUCAUGUACAUACAUACAUGAUUAUUAUAAGUGACCAUGAAAUGGCACUCCUUUUGAUCUGUAUGUAGUGUACUUUACAGUGAAACUGGAAACCUGCUUGACUUCCUUGAAUGACACUUAUGUGGAGUCUGUUGAUCUUACUCUUACUCCAUUUCAUUCUGUCAUGACUUCCUUGUGCAUGUUUAAAAUGGAUGUACUGAAGAGCAGAAGAGCACUUGAGCAUGGGCACAGAUGCGGAGCAGAAGGGGGUCCUUUUCUGCCUGGUUUUGUUUCUAUGGUGAAUGAAGUCCUCCCAGCUCACGACAGCAUUGCUAGAAAAGAUUCCCGUAUGUAGUGUUUGCGGUGUGUUUGAAGCAAGUGAGGGAAAGGCUUGCAGAACUGAGAAGCUAGCGAACAGGACUGCUCACAAUUAGGAUUAUGUUUAUCUGACUGUCUUCAGGGUUGCCACAGCCUCCAUAUUUAUUUGAAAUAAAGCAGUUACUUGAAAUGAAGGUGUCGCUGUAAGAUGCUUCUCACCUUUCCUUAAAUUGGGAGAUCUGUGUUUUCUGUACAGAAGCCUUUUAGGUGGAUUUUCCUAGAUUAGUUAAAGCAGUCUUAAGGUUUAUUCUCUAACCCAGUCCCCCCACACACAAAUACUGGUAUAACUAAAUGGAUUUCAGUAUGUGCCAAUAUAUACCGAUAAUAUUUCAAAUCAGUAUAAUGCGCUCUUAAAAGUUUGAACCGUUUAUACCAAACCUCUCAGGAACCCUAAUUUAGGUUAAGGUUUUGGACUGAUUUAAACUCCCUUUACACAAGUAUAACACAAUGGGAGAAAUUACGGCCUCCCCCACCAAUUAUUUGCCUAAAAAAUUAUUUUUGACUCUGGAAGUUGUACGGCAGAUUUAAUAAGGAGAUAUCUAAUAGCAGUGAGAAUGUACGAUAAAAUGAAUUUGUCAGGUGUAUUGGGUGAGUUCGUAAGCAAGGCAGGUUAGAGGUUAAUUGUUCACAUUUAUGGGAUGUGAGUACGUUUAUUUGUCCAGAUCGAUGCAAGACAGAAAGGACCCCAAACAUCUGUGCCGUUGUCGAGUUUUGAAACUGGAGUUAGCAAAAUUUUAAUCCAUAUGCAUCCACAUGCACAUACAAUACACCAGUAUGUGAUGCUCAUUAUGUACAAAUUUAAAUGCAAUUAAUCUUUUCUCGAGGCGAUUACAUGCCAAAAUAGUUUCAUUGGGUGUUCACUAAAGGAAUGGGUGUCAAAAUGAGUAAUGGAUGUGAUGUGAUCUGAGCGUAUUGUUUAGAGAGAAACCAAUGACCUUCAACUUUGUUUGAUAUUUUUUCAAGGCUACGCAAUUUCUUCAACACUUUGUUGCUUUGCUUUGGUAAGAUAAUCCCAUUGGUCAGAAUUAUUUCAGAAGGCAACCGCAAUGGUCAGAAUUCCUACAGGAAGUGAUAUUUCUUUUCACUGAUUUAUUCUGGUCUGCUUAAUUUUGUUCAAUGCAAUCUUCAUAAAAUCUGUUCUGUAUCAGUCUGUUAUAUAAACGCAUGAAACUUUGGAAAAGACGUAGAUGCAACACUGUAUUUUAGGUUUCAGAUCACUAUUUACAGCAGUUUUGGUUUUUGAUCAUUACUGCAUUGAAAAUGAAGAAAACUGAUUUAUUUUAGUGCAUUUUAUAUUAUUUGGUUAAAUGUGCAUAUUGAGUUUAUUAUAUUUGUUCUCUGUUGUUUGUCAGAAAAAAAUGACCUUUUCAGAAUAUGUCUGUAAUGUUUAAAUUAAGCUGAUUUUAGAUUUUCUGGACUGGACUGUUGGCAUGCAAGUUGUUUAAGAACAUUUAAGCUAAAAUCCAAUUUUUACUCACUGGUUAAAGCAAAAGGAUUAUUUUUAUAUAUGACUUUACUAUUGUCAAAAAUCUUGCCAUCGUGAAAAUAAAACAGUGGGUUACUUUUAAAAUCAGAAAUCAAAACUGGUCUCACACAAUGUCUUGCUGUCAUGAAAGCAAUUCAUUUCCUAUUAGCUCUGAAUUGGAAACAAGUCAGUUACUGAAGGAGAUGAACUUUGUUUUCUAUACAGUAAAAGUGGCAUGAAUGUAAUGGGGCUGCUCAGGGUUAGUAAUGAAACCUGUUGAUAGCUGGUCUUUCAGAUCAAUGAGAUUUUGUUUUUAUUCCUUUUUUAUUUUCUGGUUCAUAUGAUAAAUACAUAAUGUCAUUUUUAUUAAUGCAUCAGGUAGUUAAGCAGGUUUAGAUUUACCAGUGUUACAAGAGUAAAACCAUGGGUAAUAGUACAGGUCAUGUUGUUUUCUUUUGGUUAUUUUAUGCUCUUUUUUUUAUAAACAAGCCUAAAAUGCAGCAGGUGCCUCAAUUUACAACAUGUUCCUCUCUGCACUAACCUACAGUAUAUCUGACAGAUUGACCAACGGUCAGACCCUUUCCCAGCAAUGAUCCUUGUGCUUUAUGUAAAUGAUCACAAUGCAAGAGAUAGUGACUGUAAAAGUAAAGUUUAAAAAAAUCAGGGAAUGCAAAAAAGUAAAGAUAUCAACUUUUAUCACUUUUUAUGAGAAAAAUCCUGUAUUCAUAAUGUGCUUGCUACAUUCUGUAAAUGGCUAAAUGGCUUAUAAAUCUUAAUUGUAACCUUUUCAGGUAUUUUUGUACAAAUAAGGGACUGAUAUAUUCUGUUUAAUGUAAUUAGAAUAAAACAUUAAUACAUUGCUAUAAAUUUAAA